AUGCGCCCUUUCAUGCCCAGGGGUCUGCGCCCUCUCGUCUCCUCGACAAUUUCCAGUUCCGCGCGCACGCCGUCAACGCGACUUUUCUCAUCACAGCUUCGACAUGUUCGAGCUCCUUCAACACCUCUUAGAGCACACCCAAGUCUCCGCCGUAUUAUUCCGCCAAUAUUGCGCCACAAUUCCUCUUCGUCGAAGCCUCUCACCGACGCCGUAGCCGAGGACGAAGCACACCGCGCCCUGCAAAACGAGGAGCGCCGCAAGGCCGAAGCUGCGUACCGCAUCAGCUUCACUUGCAAGCCAUGUGGCCAGCGGUCGGAGCACCGCAUGUCGAAGCAGGGAUACCACCACGGCACCGUGCUCAUCCAAUCGAUCACCUCGGCAUCUUCUUCGACAAAAAGUACUACACUCGAGGAUCUGCUGAAGGAGGGCGGGCAGACUAUUACACAUGGCAUGCUCGAUGGAGAUAUGGAAGUUUGGGAAGAUGGUACUCUAAGGAAGAUCGGUGGGACCGCUGCUCCCGAGGAGGUGCCGGAUGGCCAGAGUGAGGGUGAAGCGGAUAAGAGCGAGGAACAAAAGUAA